GCCAUGGGGUACAAGGACAAGGGCAACGUGUGCAUCGCGGCGGGCGACAGCGCCGGCGCCGCCAAGCAUUAUGAGAGGGGCAUCAAGAUCGUCUCCACGCUGGGGACUGACGAGCAGGCGAAGGCCCUGCUGCUGUCGCUCAGGCUCAACCUCGCGCUGGCUUGCACGAAGGAGGAGCGGUACUUCGACGCCGCGAGCGCGGCCACCAAGGUUUUGGAGGUGGACGCCGCCAACGUCAAGGUGGGGGUCGUCGUGGGGACGGNAAGAGCGGGAAACAGUAAGAAGGUUGGGGCUUUGUUUCGGAGAGGUGUGGCUAGGGCACGACUUGGGGCUUUGGAAGACGCCAAGAGUGACCUGCUGGCCGUUGUCAAGGCUGACCCGCGCAAUGGCGGAGCCAAGAAGGAGCUCAAGGCGGUGCGAGACCGACUCAUGGAGCACAGAAAGAAGGAGAAGGAGAGCUACGGGGGCCUGUUCGACAAGGGGCCAAUGUACAACGACAAAGAGGCAAGCAGGGGGUCCCUACAAACAUGCUCCCCAAGGGUUGAGCGGAAGAAGCGAGAAGCCGAAGCCCUGAAACGUCAGAAGGAAGAGGAGGAGCAGUGGGGCAAGGCCAACGAGCAGAGAAAGGCGGAUGGAAAGGAGGAGCAGACGCUGGAGGACUGGCGGAAGGAGAAGAAAGAGGCGGAGGAGAAGGCUAAGAAGGAGCGCGAGGAGAAGGAGAGGUCGAACCCGCGCCCCUCCGCGAUCCCCGUCGCCCCGCCAAAAAAGCCUUCCAAGAAUGAGGGGGGUGGGGGGGACGGCGACGACGAGAUGGAGCUGGACGAGGACGACCUGAAGAUCAUCCAGGACACGAAGAAGCAGGGGUACUGCUACUUCAAGAGGACGCUCAGCGAGCAUGACCAGAAGCUGUUGAACGCAGAGCAGAUGAAGCUGAGAGCGCGUGUGGCUGAUCCGGCGAGCAUCCCAGAAAAGAAGGAGGCAGACGCGGACGCCGUUAGGUCUGCUUGGAAUAACGCUGGGACCUGGGAGGAGAUGGAGAAGACGGACUGGUGCAAGGGGAAGCUCACGGAAGCCUUCAGGAAGGUAUCGGUGACCGUCGGGACGGACGCUCGCAGCGACCCGGAGUUCCUGUUGGAGAAGCUCGGCGGUUUCGAUUUCGCUUCCGCCGCCGCGGCAGACGGCGCCGGGGGCGGGAAGGGGCUGGAGGCGCUCGGCCAGCUGAAGCAGACCCUAGCGCAGGUGGGCGUUGUUCGCGUUGGUGCACCGACCUCCUUUCCCCGGGUUCUAUCCUUGGAAAUUUCCCUUGUGCAGCUGAGGGCGAACGUGACGAGCGUCGAUAUUGUGGAGGCGGACGCGCGUGUGAUCUGCGUGAGCAACAAGAUCAAACACCUCUUCGAGUUCAACGUCAAGGUCAAGUUCUCGCUGACCAUCGACGAGUCCAUGGGGCUGCAGCCGCAAGCACAGGAGGAGGGGCAAGCAGCAAGCAAGGACGCCGCCCUGGUAAAGACGUACAAAGGCACGCUGGAGUUCUUGGAUAUGACCAAUGGCGAUGUGGACAACGGACGGUUUGAGUCAGAGCCGGAGCUGAAGUGGGACAAGGGCUCAAAGUGGGAUUCCGUGUACGCCGACAGGAUCAAGACCUGCGUCGCUGACCUCAAGGCUGGCCUCCUGUCCGCCCUCGGGGUAUUCUUCGAGGAGUACAGGAGCUCGUAGCUCGGUAGCUUGCUACCUUAUCACAACUCAA